AUGUCUUCAUCAACAGAGGAGUUAGAUCUUUUGGAGAGAGUUUUUUUAAGAGUGGGUUCUGCUGAUUCAGAUGAACAGCUUGAAUCGGCAAUAAAUAAAUUUUUAAUACCGGUGCUGUUAAAAUUAUCGAGUCCAAAUGAAGGAGUUAGAAAAAAAGUUAUGGAACUUCUCGUUCACAUCAACAAAAGAGUUAAAAGGCAACCAACUGUGCAAUUACCAGUUGAGGCUUUAUUACUUCAAUACAGGGAUCCCAAAGCGACAUCUUUUUUCAUUAAUUUUUCAAUUUUAUACAUCAAAUUGGGUUUUCCAAGAUUGCCUCCCAGCAAACAAGAAGAGUUGGCUCCAAUUUUAUUAUUAGCAACAGAAGGAAAACCUAAAAUUCACCAAGACAGCCUUCUUUUAUUGCUAACUAGCAUUAUAGGAAAUGUGAAAGUUCCAAAUGAUGUUGAGAAAAAAAAAGAUUUAUUUAAAAUGAAUGAAAAACCUGAAUUAAUGAAACAUUUUUCAAGUUUUAUGUUGGACAUGCUAUUGUUACCUUAUGUUCAUAUCAGUUCUAAUGAUGAGGAAUCAUCACCUAGUGUUCCAUCAAACAUUCAACCACCGCCAGGCAUGUCAGAAAGUGGUUUUAAACGUGUUACAUCGGGAGAUACUCCAAUGACACCGGAGCGUUUGGAACAAACAAAGUUAGGAAUAGUUAAAUUCUUAGCUACUGGGGUACUUUCAAAUAACGAUAUUAUUUGUCACUUAAUAAUAGCAGCGGCUGACACUAGAUUUACAGUAGCAAAUUUAGCAGAUGCAGAGCUUAAAAAAGUCGCAAGUUCGGUUGACUGGUCUAGCGUUGCAGUAGCCAGUAGACUUUUUUACAUAUAUUUGGGUUCGCCAGAAGUGCCACCCGAAAAAAGAAACAUAAUACCUCCUGCAAAUAGAGUCGUUCCCGCAAACACGAGAAUUCGUCUGAAAAUUCUUCCUUAUUUAUCGAGACUCGAAAAAGAUGCCGUUCUUUUUCCCGGAAGCGUUCAAAUUAUAUUUAGUUCAUUGUACGACGUCAACACAAAUGCAAAGUUAAAGUUGCAAGCUUUGAAUUUCGCUUUGGCGAUUGUUAGAAAAUCCGAAAUUCAAAAUUUAAAAAAAAUGGCAGGAAUGCUUUACUCAGGUUUAUUGAAAUUAGUUUGGAACGAAGAGGAAAACGAACAACUUCGAGUUGUCGGUUAUACCGUGAUUGGUCAAAUAGUCAAAAGGAUGCCGCGGAUAAUAAACAAAAAUUUAAUCGAACUCCAAGCUUUUUUUAAAAAUUUAACUUCGGAAAGUACGGAAAUACGGGGAGCCGUCAGAGAUUCCAUGUUGACAAUGAUAGACGCAUUUAAAUUAUUCAUGAAAGAGGAUAAAGCUGAUCCGAAAUCGAACGGACAAUUUUUCAUGCUUGCUUUAUUGACGGCUCAAAGUCAGUCGCCGGAAUCAAUGGCCAGAUUUGUUGCUGUCAAAUAUAUUGCUGCUGCGUUUGAUUUUGAUCACGUUCCGAGCAGAUACCUCUUGUUGUUGUCUUCAGGGGAUUCAAAUACUGACGUGUCCACCGUUGCUCAUCAAUCGAUAUAUUCUUCUGGGGAAAAUGAAAGUUCGAAAGAGAAAAACAUUGUUUUACCCGAUUUUCGUGAAAUGUCAAAAUACGUAUACGAGAAAGCCAUGGAAAGAAUGAAAAACGUCAAUCAGAGAGUCACUGUUCAAAAUCAAGAAUUGCCUUUCAACGACACAACCUUUACUGAGAUUUUAAUUUAUUUAAGAUUGUGUUUAGCUAAAUCGGCAGGAAUCGAAGUGAAAUCGAAAGAACUAUUAAAUCAUCCUUGCGAACAUUCACCAUUGAUCGGGAAAUACAUAUGGGAAACGAAUGAAUCGGAUGCAACCAUUUUCAAUAAUUAUUUGUCUCUCGUUGAAAUGUAUUUGUCUGCAACUUCAUCUUUGAUACCGUUAAAUUGUUUGCUAGAAGUCGUCGGUACUUCACCGGAAGCUUUCGCGCCACGUUAUCAAGAAAAAAUUCAAUGGGUGACGAAUUUUUUAAAUAGCACAAAAGAAGACAUAAGAGAAACAGGGUCAUUAUUUUUUAGUAUAAUUAGCAUUUACACAAUGAACGACAACGAUCUUAGUGGAAUCGUUCAAAAUUUGAUGGAAAAAUUAGAGACAAAAUCGGUCGAAAGUCAGCACGGAGCCAUACUAUCUCUUGGUUAUCUCAUAGAAAGAAAAAUAUUAAAGUCUUUGUACGAGAGGCAAAAUUUCAAUGACGUCAUAAAAAAUUGGGAAUUUUUAGGAGUGGUCAUAUCCGAAUUAGCAAAACAUUUGGAGAGCACUUAUCCCAUGCUUGUAUCGGCUUCAUGCACGGCUCUCGGUCAAAUAGCCAAAGUCUUACCUUUACCUUUGCCAAAUGAAUCCGACGAGGGUCUUUCUAAAAAAAAACUCAUGAUGAAUUUAUUCCAAGUUGUUAACAAUCCGAAAUUAUCGGCUAAAGUGAAAGAAAAAGGUAUAAGAGCUGUCGGUCUUUUGUGCGUAGGAGAAAAAUUUCCAUUCAUGAAAGAACUCGUCGAAGAACUUUUGUCGACCGCCAAACAGAUUAAAGACAUCGAUCUUCAUUUCUCAUUGGCUGAUGCUCUCAUUUACUGUCUCGAAGGUGUUUCUUCGGCAGAAAAAUUCGAUUCGUGGAAAGAUGACAAAAAUAAUUUUCAUCAAAAUUUAAAUUUGCUCAAAUGGCUCAUGGAUAAGUUGGUCGAAUUAACGCCGUUGCCUCAUCCGAACACUCGUCAAGCCAUUUGCGUGUUUUUCUUAUCCAUCAUCAAACGAAUGUCUCACGUUCCUUUGGUUGUGGAAAAUCUUUCGAGCAUGCAGUAUGUCUUUAUGGAACUUUUAUCGGAUAACAAUGAACUCGUACAAGAUAUGUCAUCGAAAGGAUUGGCUUUGGUAUAUGAAAAUUCGGAUGAGGAAAGUAAGAAAAAUUUAGUGGCGGGACUUUUAGAUCAAUUACUGGCGGGAAAGAGAUCCGUUCAACAAGUUACCGGAAAUACAAAAUUAUUCGAAGAGGGUCAAUUGGGAAUUUCGCCCAGCGGAGGAAAUUUAUCGACUUAUAAGGAACUUUGCAGUUUGGCAUCGGAUCUCAAUCAACCGGACCUCAUUUAUAAAUUUAUGCAUUUAGCCAAUCACAACGCAGUUUGGAAUUCUAAAAAAGGAGCCGCUUUUGGAUUUCAAACCAUUGCCGCACAAGCCAACGAUCAGUUAAAUGAAUACCUACCCAAAAUAGUUCCUCGUUUGUACAGGUAUCAGUUCGAUCCGACUCCUAGAAUUCAACAGUCCAUGUCUAAUAUUUGGUAUUCGAUAGUUAAAGACACACCGAAGACACUCGACAAGUAUUUCAACGAAAUAUUAGACGAUUUGUUAUUUAAUCUCACGUCGAAUUUAUGGCGCGUAAGAAUUUCUUGUUGUCAAGCUCUCGCGGAUUUUUUUCGUGGAAAUCGCAGUUUGUUGGUGAGUACAUUAUAUUUUUAUUUAAAUAUUCCAUUUAAAUCUAUAACGAUGUCGGAUGCCAAACCUAAGCUACCUCAAUUAUGGAAAUCACUUUUUCGCGUUAUGGACGACGUACACGAAGGCACAAGAUUAGCAGCUCAAACAACGGGAAAAACGUUGGCCAAUCUCUGCCUGAGAACAUGCGAUAAAGAAGCUGGAAAAAUAAAUCAAGAAAUGUUAAAUAUUUGUCUUUCGAUUUUUCUUUCCGAAGUAACAAAUCCCGUCGCCGAAGUGAAAAAUUUAUGUUUGCAUACAAUUUCCCAAUUGGUCACAUCAGCCGGUUCAAGCCUGAAACCUAAUUUAACGACUCUUAUACCGUCUCUAUUAGAAGCAGCAGGAGAAUUAGAAUCUGUAAAACUUUCGUAUUUGUCGGCUCAAUAUGGCGCUCAAGCUCAAAGUCAAGAAGUCAUCGAUGUAGUUCGUGCAAAUAUAACAAAAUCUCAUUACACGACGCAAACCGUCACUAAAUGCGUUCAAUACGUCGAAGUGGAAAUGUUGGAUGCUCUCGUACCUAAAAUAAUUGAAAUAAUGAAAAGUGUAAGUUUCGGAUCACGAAUAGCUUGCGGACACAUAAUCAUAUUACUUGCACAUCAUUUGGGAAAAUCGAUGGAAAAUUACACGGGAAAAUUGCUUUCCGGACUCGUUAACGGUCUGCUGGACAGAAACGCAACAGUUCGGAAAACUUAUGCUUCGGCCAUUGGACAAAUCUUACACACGGCAAAAGAUUCGACGGUCGAAAAACUUCUCACGAAACUCUCGAAUUGGUAUUUCGAAAAGGAGGAUGCAAACACGAGGACUGCCAUCGGUUGUUCUCUCCAGGCCAUAGCUCAGUACAACGGAGAAUUGCUCAAGGAACAAUAUCCCAUCGUUAUCCCCUUGAUAUUUUUUGCCAUGCAUGCGAAAAAAGUUGAAGGAGAGGAUAACAGCAACGUUACAAUGUGGGAAGAUAUUUGGAACGACGUCACUCCUGGAUCCGAAGCUGGAAUCAAACAACACAUGAACGAAAUAAAUUCAAUUUUAGAAACGACGUUAAAUUCUCCAAGUUGGAUGAUGAAAUCUCAGAGCGGCCGAUGCAUAUCGACGAUCGCGAUAAAAGUGGGUCACUUGAUAGAAGACAAACACAGAGACAAACUCAUCGAUUUGUCAUUGUCGUCUCUCCAAGGAAAAACGUUUCCCGGAAAAGAAGAUUUGCUCAAGGGACUCGCGAAAUUGUCGUCUCGUUCUUGCGAAUCACUCAAAAGAAAACCGGAAAAAUGUCAGGCAAUAGUCGAAGCCAUUCUUCGGGAGUGUGGAAAAAGUGAGCCGACGUAUAAAAGACACGGUCUGGAAGCACUGGGAGAAGUUUUGGAAGCUUUCGACAACAUUGAUUAUUUUCAAAGGGUUUACGAUAUAAUUCACGCACUUUUGAAUCAGCUCAACGAAAAAAUGGAAGAGGGAGAAACGACGGAAGAUUUGACAAAAUUAAGAAACGAUAAAUUUAAAACGAUCGAAAUAAUUUACGAAACACUCGGUAAAUCGUGGCCGAAAAACAAAGAAACUCAACUCAAGUAUCAAGAAGUACUUUUAAACGAAUGUUACGUGGCAUUAGAAAACAGUCCGAGAGACGUUCAAGUCGCCAUUUUGUCAGCGUUUCGUUCCUACAUAGACAAACUUCAUUAUUUCAACGAUGAUUACGUCAUGUCGAAAGAGGAAAAAGACACGCUGCCGUUCAUAUUGCAGAAAACGACGAAAGCGCUUCACUACUCUUUAGGAGUUCCGAAGCACACGAGACUGAGAAAGGAAGCUUUAAACAUUGUUUAUUCCCUCGGGAAUAAAUUGAGCACGACGGGGAGAAACGAAGAAAUGAAAGGUUUUAUCGAAUCGUUAAAAACUCGUUUACAAGAAUUAGAAAAAGAUUCAAGUCCGGAAAUCAGAACGAGAUUAUUGGAUUUGAAACAAAUGUACAAGAGUUAA